UCUCGGUUACUGAACUGUCUGUCCGUACAUCUUGAAUAUUACUUUUUCUAACAAACACAAUAUUUUUUAUUAAAUGCAUUGUUAUAAUUAAAUAUGAAUGAGAAAAAGCCUAGAGGUUUGUCUACCAGUGAUAUAGACUAUAUUUUAAAUGGAUCUAUAGUGGAAGACCGUAAACAAAAAGAUCUUGCUGAGAUUGAGACACUUCUGCGCUAUCCGAAUACAAGUGGUGAGAACCGAAUUAAAAUGAACAACAAAGUACGUAAGAGACUUGUAAUGACCAUCAGGCGUAGAUCCAACGGGAUCUAUGAAAUCGUCAACUCUUGUACAGAAAUCAAUACAAAACGAACCUCGAACGUGAAGAAACUACUCGGUAAUAUUGAAAAGUUCAAUAGUUUUGUAGCACCAAAUACUCAUAUAAAAAAUACCCCACUUCUUGUAAGAGCAAAAGCAGCUCAACCAGAUAUUAGAAAUUACUAUAUUUCUAAUAAUAUUGAUCCAAAUGAAUACAUUCGUAUGAAGAAUGACGAUUGCAUACAUAUGAAGUAUAAUAAAAUCUAUAAAAUUCAUGAAAACCUUGAAACACCUAAAAAAUUAAAUACAAAACUUCUCAAUGAAAAAGAAAACUACCAUGUUAAAGUUGAAACACUUGUUAAUAAUACCCAACGCUCAGCACCUAGGAAAUUUUCUAGGACACCUAUCAGUAAAAGCUCUGAUUCAAGAUGAACUAUGUCUACAAUAAAAAAAUCUUUAACAUUUGAAACUAAAGAAUUCAAAAAAUUGGAAAUUUCAGAUUUGCGUUUGUCACUUAACAGUUUAAAUCUGGACAAUGAUUGUAUUUCUGAAUUGAUUUAAAAUUUACUUUUGAAACAGUUUAUUUUUAAUUAAGAGUCUGUGUAUCCAGCUCCACAUAAAUGAAAGUAAUACACAAAGAGUGUUUUUGUACUUGAAUAUUUACACAUUUUUUAUUUCAUACUAUGUAACAAAAAUAAUACUCUUGUAAAA